AGGAGAGUCCGCCGCAGCCGCCGGCGGCCUCCUCGCGUCCUUGGCGGGGGCACCGCGGCGCCCGGGCUGCGGGGAGCGGCUGAGGCGAGGCCGGGGCGGCUCUGCCCCCUGCGAGUCCCGGGAAGGCGGCGGGAGGCGAUGAAUUACUGCAGGCCGGCAUCGGGAGAGGCGGAGGCACCGCUGGGGUGUUGCGACAGCGGAUGCAGUUGGAAAGGGCUCCUGAGCAGCGCCAUAUGCAAAACUUUGAAGUAAACUGCUCAGGGAAGCUGUGGCUGCCCCGUCCCUGCAGGUGUCCAAGGCCAGGCUGGAUGGGCAGCUGCUCUGUGGGAGGUGUCCCUGCCCAGGGCAGGGGGUUGGAAUUAAAUGAUCUUCAAGGUCCCUUCCAACCCAAACCAUCCUAAGAUUCUACUAUUGAUUUGUGACAGCGCCCCUUUCAUGGCAGCGGGGUUAAUUAUUCCCUUCUUACUGCUGGCGGGUAUGGCAAUACGUGUGAUGUCAUGAACUACAGAUUAUAGCUUCAGGGUUCAUCGGUCAUGGCACGAAGGGCCUUGAAACUUGCCUCCUUGGUGGCAGCCACUUCUGGUAUAUAUCUGUAUGGCAACAAAUUCCUGGAUCCCAAUGAUUUUGGAGUUGUUCGAGUGGGCCGAGCCAUUGCCACAACGGCAGUUAUCACCUAUGACUACCUCACCUCCCUUCGGAGCGUCCCAUAUGGAUCAGAGGAGUAUGACUUCCUCAAAUCACAGGUGCACCUGCGCUCUGCUGAGCGCCUCCGGGAGCUGUGCUGCGCCAACAGAGGCACCUUCAUCAAGGUGGGACAGCAUCUGGGAGCGCUUGACUACCUGCUGCCUGAGGAGUACACCCGCACCCUCAAAGUGCUGCACAGCCAGGCCCCGCAGAGCACCAGACAGGAGAUCGAGCAAGUCAUCCGUGAGGAGCUGGGCAAAGAGAUAGAAGAGCUCUUUGUGAGUUUUGAAGAUACUCCCUUGGGAGCAGCAUCACUAGCCCAGGUGCAUAAAGCAGUGCUGCGGGAUGGGAGAACGGUGGCAGUGAAAAUCCAGCACCCAAAGGUCCAAGCUCAGAGCUCCAAGGAUAUUUUGCUCAUGGAGGUUCUCCUCUUAGUUGUGAAGCAAAUCUUUCCAGAUUUUGAGUUCAUGUGGCUGGUGGAAGAAGCCAAGAAGAAUCUGCCUUUGGAGCUGGAUUUCCUCAAUGAAGGCAGAAAUGCUGAGAAGGUUGCUCAUAUGCUUAAGAACUUUGACUUCCUGAAGGUCCCCAGGAUCUACUGGGAGCUCUCAACAAGGCGUGUCCUUCUCAUGGAGUUUAUGGAAGGGGGACAGGUGAACGACAGGGCCUAUAUGGAGAAGAAUGGCAUCAAUGUUAAUGAGAUCUCUCGCAACCUGGGGAAACUCUACAGUGAAAUGAUCUUCGUGAAUGGCUUUGUGCACUGUGACCCACACCCAGGCAACGUGCUAGUCAAGAAAUGCCCAGUCUCUGGCAAGGCCCACAUUAUCCUCCUGGACCAUGGUCUUUACCAGGUGCUGAGUGAGUCAUUCCGCAUGGACUAUUGCCGCCUUUGGCAGGCCCUCAUCAAGGCUGAUAUGAAGAGGAUGCAGAAGUACAGCCGGCGGCUUGGCGCAGGGGAUCUGUACCCUCUCUUCGCCUGCAUGCUGACCGCCAGGUCUUGGGAGUCUGUCAACAGGGGCAUUGACCGGUCACCAGUCUCAGCCAGUGAGGAUGUGGAGAUCCGGUCCAAUGCUGCUGCUUACCUACCCCAGAUCACCCAGCUCCUCAACAACGUCCCCCGUCAGAUGCUGCUGCUGCUGAAGACCAAUGACUUGUUAAGGGGGAUUGAAUCAGCCCUGCACACGCGGGCCAGUGCCACCUCCUUCCUCAACAUGUCCCGCUGCUGCAUCAGAGCUGUUUCCACGUACCAGAGGAGCAGGAGUCACUCACUUUACAGGAGGGCUCAGAUCACGCUCGCAGAAGCCCUGAGCCUGUGGCAGAUCAACUUGUAUGAACUCUUUCUGUGGCUGAAGGGGUCCCAGCUGGGGAACUGGGUCAUUGCUCUCCUGAGCCGGAUGCACCAUUCCACAUACUGACAGGAACUUGUGGGAGAUGGCUGGGUGCUCCCUCCCUCCCUUCUGCUCUCCGCAGCACAUUUUACUUUUUGACUGUUUCUGUCUACUCUGUGGUCUAUUUUUGGCUCUCGUUCCAUGUUACACGCUGCACUGUCCUUGCAUGUUACAGCAUUAGCUUUCCGUGUGGCACUGAGAAGUGGAAUUGCUCUGCCAUUUUGUGGUUUAGGAAAAGGAGGUGUGGGAUACCACGUGUCAGGAAGGGCAGGGUACUUUCUUUCCCCAUUUGAGCAGGGGAAGUUCUACUCAGAUUCCAGUGGGACUGCACUGGAAGCAAAAGACUGUCCAUGUCUCUUUCUUGAACAAUCUUACAAAAUUUAAGAGAAUCCUAACCUAGAUGCCCCCAAACAUUUCUCAGACCCUCAAAGAGAGGAGGUAAGUCCCUUUAAAAUCCAAUAGGACUUCUAUUGGGUUUUGCAGUCUUUUUAGUCUGAUUUCUGUUCAGGUGUGCGGAGAGUUUCUUAGAAGAGUGAGACCUUGUGGAGACCAGGCACAAGGGCUUCCUCUCCCAGCACCAGGGAAAGGGGACUCUAAUGGUGAAUGUGCUGGACUGGGAGUCCAGCUUCCUGAGGUUUGUCUCUAGUCCUGUCGGCAAGUGCUUUGUGUUUUUGGACUUUUCUUGGCCUGUUUCCUUGGAGAUGAAAUGGGGGAAGGCGACAGUGGUUCUGCCUCUUUUUCGAAAUUCGGGGAAGGCAGAAGGACUGAUAACUCAGGGCUCUGAAAAUAUGAAAAAUACAAAUUAAUGUUUAUAAACCCAGGGGAAAAGAAUUUUCAGCACAGUACAAAAAUUUAAAGUAGUCCUUUCUUUCAGUGUGUUUACUGUACAGUCCUGCCACAAAGCAAAAUAAAUGUGAUAUAUCAAAGACUUUUGGGGGAGGGAUCCCUGACUGUGUGCUCCCUGUGAGGUUUGGGCCUUUAACUUCAGUCUCCGCUGAAGUUUCUGUUUCCCCACUGAGGGAACAAUGCCAGGCAGCACUGUUAACUCCUUGCAUGCCAAAUGAAAUAGCCUCUUGGUCUUUACUCUUCCCAAGAGGUUUGUUCCACAUCUGGAUCCUCUGAUGCUGUAUCAGAUGUGUGUUGGGAUAAAAUGGAGGAGUGAGCAUCAUUCGACUGUGAGGAUGCACCACUCCUUGCCACCCAGAUCCACGCUGAACCUACCUCCUCCCUGCCUGUGGGCGCAUGCUGCAGCACAUCUGUGAGGCUUCACCAUCCCUGUGCCACACACUGAACAUUUCGCCUCAUCACUGCCUGUGAUGUUUGACUGCUCCUGCCUCAGACAGAAACCUGCCACUUGCUCUGUGUUACAAGUGACGGGUCUGACAGCUCUGACUCUGCAGCUAUGGGACAUCUACCAGGAAGCCUUACCCAGAGCUUUUAUUUGAGAUGUAUUUGGGAUCCUGAGAGAUGUCCCUGCUGCUUUUGAGGAUUCCUGUAGCCAAGAAAUGUGGAUGGAGGUGGCUGCUUGGAUCAUUACAGCUUUCCCAUAAACUGUCUUGGUGUUGUGGUUUAGCCUCAAACCAGCAACAAAGAACCAAGUGGCCAAUUUCUCACUCCCUCCAUGGAAUGAGGAAGAGAAUUGGAAGCAAAGGAGAUAAAACACAUGGGUUGGAAUAAGAGCAGUUUAGCAGGGCAGCAAAGGAAGACAAAAUACAGCAAUAAUAAUAACGAUAAAGGAAUAUGCAAAUCACUCACUGCCUCAAAAACAAUGGCUGGUGUGCUCCCGAUCUGAAUCCCGAACCACGCUCUGCAGCUGCAUACCCAAACCAUGUUGCAAAACCCAGCCAUGAACCCCUGGACAUUGUGUUGAUGGUAUGGAAUAUCUCAUUGACCAGUUUGGUCAGCUGCCCUGGAUGUAUUCCUUCCCAGCUUCUUGUAAAAAUUAACUCUGCCCCUGCCCAAACUAGGAAAUUAACCUUUUCCUGGCCAGAAACAGGUGAAAGGAGAUGUGGAGAACAGGAUGGGAAUGUCCCUCUACUGCCAGCAAGCUUGUUAAGCUGAGGGUCAUUACUCAGAUACCAGGCUGUGUCUGGGAGCAAGCCACAAGAAGACCAUGUGCUCUCCUAGUUUGCAUUGUUUCCUGCCUUGCAUGGGUGUGAGAUCUCGCUUUGCAGUGAGUCCUUUUGCAUGGGAAGGGAAACAAGGGACAGAGAGGACGAGUGCACGUGUCAGUGUGUGAAGAACUCAUUUUCGUGCUGGCUGUGUGGGAGAUGGAAGGCAUGUAAUCCAGAAAAGGUACCUGAUUGACGAUGUGCUUGAGCACGAUGAGUUAGUGACUGUGGGCAUGUGCAAGAGUGUAGGCAUAGCCAGCUGGAGCAGGACUGGCAAGUAGUGGUGUGUGAUUGGUAGAGUUGUGGAUAGGGAGUUAAAGAAUGAAGGCUUUUGGUUUCCUGUGCAGUCAAUCACUUGACCAUGGUGUUAACUCUCUGAGCCCUUCCUACUGUGCAAACAGCUGCAGGAGGGUUGUGCUUUGCUAUCUUUGAUAAGAGCAAAACCAGAAACCCUGGUAAGACUGAAUGUCCUCGGAAAUCUUGUCCCCAGCCUGUGCAAUGAUGGGUCAGAGAGUUCCCCUGACUUCUGAGUUGUGCUGGCGUCAGGGAAUGGAGUGGUGGUAAUUCCAGUGAUGAGACUCCUGUGUUGCCAAGGAGUCCUAGGGGCCCUGGUGUAUUGGUCCUGCACCUGUACAAGAGUGGUCUUUGCUCAUGUCAGCGCUCUGGCUGAAUUGGUGCCUUGCUUAGGCACUUACAGCUCGUAGACUGGUCAGUGUGGGUGGGCCUGUCUUGUUCUCUUCAGGAGCAGCGUUGUUCUCAGAUAAUUGGCCCAGUGAAGUCCCGGAGACCCUCUAGCAAUGGCCACUGACUGCACACCCUCAUCUUGUGGCUGCCCUUGCAAAUGCCUAUCCAUGUCUGGACAUACCGACCAGAACACUGCCUGGGUCUCGCCAACAUCUCUGCAUGAAAGCUCGUCCCACAGAGAGACCCUGGUCAUAGCCCUCAUUUCCAGAGGAUCCCAUGUCAGAGAGGGGUUCUCUGCAGCUGUUGUUUGCAUUGACUGCUAAGACCCUGGCCUGCUUUCAGGCACCAUUCCUGUUCUUUCCCCCCUCCAAAACUCAGCUGUGCAACCAUUAGUUCCCCUGCCUUUGGGAGGUGCUGGCUUUAAAAGUGGUAGGAGACCAGCAGCCCCUCAGACUGUUAUUCUUGGCAGUGCGCAGGAGGCAGGGAGCGGGAUGUAAUUGGGAGAGCUUUGUGUAUUGUCGUUAGUCUCUGCUGGGAGGCUGCAUGCUUCGAUGUUAGCAGUGGGACUCCUCUGUCAGUUGUGCUCAGCUCUCACCCUUCCCACAAUCAAUCAAUGAGGGUUUGCCUGAGGAAAGAACAAGCAAACACCCGGAGUUUCACCCUUUAACAUUCCUGCCUUGUCUUUUUGAUGAAAGCUCUCAAAGGUGAAUGUGUUAGAAGGGUUUUGAAAAGACACUUUCUCAUCACAGUUUGUGGUUGUCAAACAUGGGUAGCCUGGAUCAGCUCUGUGAACUUGGCCUCUCCUUCCAACCUGCAUUUAUUGGUGUUUUCACCACCAGCAAACAGCCUCUGCUGCUUUGCCUGCAGUCAGUGCAUGAGCUGCUGUCUGCCCACCUUCAGCUACAAGCAGACUGGAGUUUGGUGCUAAAUGUUGGCCUUGCAGCAGAUUCCUGAGCCCACCAGGCCUUUCUUGGGACUAUUUGGGGGAUUAAAGCUGAGGCCAGAGAUGUGAAACUGAUAAGCGACGUUCAGCUCCCAUAAUAUGAAAUACUAUGUUGUAGCCUCGUAACAUCUCCCAUCCUAAAGAUGCUUUUAUGCCAGCAGUUAUUUAAUCUAGCAUUUUAAUUUACCAUCCUUGGGUUGGCUGGAGGUGGAACAUGGGGCAGUCAGGGUAAAAGAUAUCACCAUGCAAAACUGGAAGAAUUUAGGGUAUUAAGUGAACAGGCUUUUUUUCAUAUCCAGCUGAAGAAAAAGCCAGAGAGCACAUUAGUCUCUGCUAAAUGUCAUAGUCUUUACCUAGCACAUCCAGUGAACUUUAAUGGUGGCAAGUGUGUGGCAUAUGGAUUUGCAGACCAAGAUCUUGUGGCUGGUGCACUCCGAAAUUCUCUACCUCCUUUCCACUGCCAGCGAUGCAGGAGGAUGAGGAAUAGGGGUUGUAGUCAGUUCAUCACAAGUUCUCUGCCACUCCUUUCUCCUCAUGGAGAAGACUCCUCAGACUUUUCCCCUGCUCCAGCAUGGGGAUCCCUCCAAAGAGAGGUGGUCCUCCAUUAACUUCUCCAAUCUAAGUCCUUCCCACAGGCCACAGUUCUUUACAUACUGCUCUAGGAUGGGUCCUCUCCACAUGAUGCAGUCCUUCAGGAACAGACUGUUCCAGCGUGAGUCCCCUGUGGGGUCACAAGUCUUGCCAGCAAACCUGCUCCAGUAUGGGCUCCUCUCUUCAUGGGGCCACAGGUCCUGCCAGGAGCCUGCCCCAGUUUCAGGGACCCCGGCCUCCUUCAAGCACACCCACCUGCUCCUGCGUGGAGUCCUCUGUGAACUGCAAGUGGAUAUCUGCUCCACUGUUAACCAACACGGGCUGCAGGGGGACAGCCUGCCUCACCAUGGUCUUCACCAUGAGCUGCAGGAGAAUCUCUGCUAUGGUGCCUGGAGCACCUCCUUCCUCUCCUUCAGUGACCCUGGUGUAUGCAGAGUCGUUUCUUUCACAUAUUCUCACUCCUCUACCCAGCCCAGUUGGUUUGCUUUUUCCCUUCUUAAAUAUGUUAUCCCAGAGGUACUACCACUGCUGCUGAUGGGCUUGGCCUUGGCCAGCCGAGGUUCUGUCUUGGAACCAUGUGGCAUUGACCGUCGGACAUAGGGAAAGCUUCCAGCAGUUUCUCACAGAAGUGACCCCUGUAACCAUCCUCUACAAACGUUACGAUGCAAACCCAAUAGAGGAGGACAGAAAUUUCCUGCUCCUUGGCACCUAUCUAGAGAGAAGAACCUGGGGCUCUUCAGCCCCUGCAGCCCAAGCUGUGGCUGUCUUCAACUCACCCAGAGGAUGUGCUGGUCCUGGGUGAUGGAGAGAGGGGGAGGGAGGCUGAGGAAAGCAAAAGGAAAGGAAAAAGAAAAGGAAAGGAUCAUGUCCCUCACCUUUUGAGGGUAAAUUCAAAACCCCAUCAUAGUUCUAAACAGACUUGUAAUGUCUAAAUGCUUCUGGAAUGCACUCUCUG